GAGAUGAUUGGAACUUGAACUUGAAGAGCAGAAGCGUAGCAAUGGCGGCCAAAGAAGGGACUUACCAAGGGGCGGAUCCUUUGAGGCCUGUGCUGGAUGCAGUCCAAACUGAUUCUGCCCGCUUGUCUGGCUCAGACGCCUUAAAAUAUGACGCCUUGUAUCCGAUCUCAGCUGGCUGGCCUCCAAGUAAACAAGACCCGUUCCAACCUCAUGACAACUGGGAUGCGUUCUGCAGAAGGCAGAAACAGGAGUAUGUCGAACUGGACAGCAACCUCCGAGAGUUCGAGGGGGUAGAUGAGAAGUUGAGAGAAUUGGAGGUCAGUAGCGGGGAGCUCACCGCAGUUCUAACUAAGUGGCAAAUAGAAAUUGGAGUGGCUCACACUUUUGUGACCCGAGCUGAGAAAGCUGCGGCGAAGGCAGGCAGCACAUCUUGCUUCUGCUUCAGCAGCGGUGGAUUAGAAGAGAAACGGGCAGCCGCAGAAGAGGAGCUGAGGAUCGCUCGCGGAGCCCUUGACGCUGCUGAAAAGGAGGAGCGCUCCGCUCAAGCGAAGCUGGAAAGGCCGCUUGAAGAGCUUCAUCGCUUGCAGGAACAACGCAAGAGCGCCGCAGCGCGGGCUUCAGACCAGAUGGAGAUUUUGGACAGCCUGUUCACGGACACUUCGGACGCGGCAGAGCAAGUCGCGGAGGACCAAGUCGCCCGGCUGCUGCAAACGGGAGCGCAGAUCGAGGCUGCGCUGACGGCCCAAAAAGAGGCGCUGCGCCUGUUGCACACGGCGCUCCUGCAUUUCGAGGGCGGGCAGGCGCGGUUGCGGGGGCAAGGGACCGGGGGACUGGCGGAAGAGCUGCGACUACAUCAAGCCGCCGCGCUUCUGGCCAGCUCCACGUCAGCGAUCCAGAAGGCCCUGUCCGCAGCGCCCUUUGCCCCGGGCGCUGCCCGGUUGAAAACAGACCCCGGGGGACCGCUCGGCGCCUUCCUAAAUGCGGGGCUUCCAAACGUGUUGCACGGAUCGGGUGGCCCGGCCGCUGCCGGGAAAUUGAGGGGACUGUUCGACGGUGCGUACACGGAAGUGUUGGCUCUGUAUCAGUGGCAUGAAAAGUUCGUUGCGAACAUCGUUGACGACUUGGAGACAAACGCGGCGUCUCUAGUUGUUGCGAAGAAGGCGUUGCUAGAGGAGAGGCUGAGGUUAGUCCGGCAGGUGAGCGUGCAGCGGCAGGUGACGAACACAGAGCGGCGUAGGAGCUCACGGAUCUCAGACGGUGUUCCGGAGGCGUCGCGGCUAGAUCAGUAUGCAAAUGGGGAGGAACCGGGGCGAUUAGACUGGUAGGUAGGCACGGUGUAGUUAUGUAUGCAUGUCGAGUUGCAGGCAGAUGUUAGGCAGCUUAGCUUAGUCUCCUGUCAGUUUAGAAUGAGGUGAAAUGCUCCCGGCGCAUGUCACUGUACUUUUGACGCCAACCAGGGCUGUACUAGACAUGUAGACUUCAGGUUAUAUCGCAGUCUUCUGUAAGCUGGGGCUUACAAUAAAAGACGAUGCUGUAGUAUAUCUAAGAUAGCACAAAUAAACUUGCAGCAAACAGGAAACCUUGAGAGACUACGUCUUGAGCUGAAGUAUUUUGCAGACUGCCACAAUGUUUUGCUGCUCGGGUGUGCAUGUGCGAUUGCUAGCUUGCGUUUGGUUCAGAUCUGGGCUGGG